AUGUCUUCGAAUUCGAUAUACCAUUUCUGCGACUUCGUAACGGCUCCGCGUAUCUCCAGCGCUUUUGAGGCGGCCAUGCAACCAUGGUCGACUGGCGUUGCGGUUUUCUGGACGCUCUGUGCGACUGCGGUGCUCUGGAUUCUUAACAAACGGCGACAGAGUCUCAAAAGGAGGAAGGAUCUUCCGCUCCCUCCUGGACCCAAGGGUCUACCCAUCAUCGGGAACCUUUUGCAGAUUCCGGUUGAGCAUCCUUGGUUGGUGUAUCAUGACUGGAAGAAGGAGCAUGGCGAGUGUCUAUUUUUUUUCCCUUCGUAUGAUUCAUCGAAGGCGUUGCUGAGCCUUCAUCUACUAGGCGAUAUGAUCUACCUUGAGGCGAUGGGAAAAGGCAUACUGGUGCUCAACUCCCUCGACUUGAUCGAACAGCUGUUCGUGAAACGGGCUACGAAUUAUUCAGACCGGACAUGGAGUCCCGUUACUGAACUCAUGCGAACAGGAUGGAGUUUCUCUCUCAUGAAUUAUGGCCAGGAGUGGAGAAACAGACGUCGUCUCUUCCACCGUUUCUUUUACCGGACGGAGAACCACCAUUCAGUGAUUGAAGAAGAGACACUGGGGUUCUUGCGGAAGCUUGUCGAUAAACCCAGGGAGUUUAGGGAGCAAGUCAGAACGUGCCUAGGAAUCAUUAUAAUGCGCCUCGCAUACGGCGAAGCAGACGCGACAUACAACAAGAACCUAAUCCAUGCAGCGGAUUCUGUCGUACUCGGUUUCCUGGAGUAUUCCUCUCCAGGCCGUUUACUGGUCAACACCAUCCCGCUUUUGCGUUUUAUACCCUCCUGGUUCCCGGGGGCGAGUUGGAAGGCGAAGUUGGAGCAGUUGGCGGACAUGACCGAUAUGCUGCAUAAUAAGCCUUUUGAGGAUGCAAAGGCGAGAGUUGCGAAAACAGGAGGAAGAGUGGGCUCGGCGGAGCAUGGUAUCAGCCUUGCUACUCAGGCUAUUCAGGAACUUCCGGAUGAGGGUGAUCCGGAUCGUGAGUAUCAAGAAGCGCUCGCUCGAGAUGUCGCGGGGCAGGCUUAUACUGCUGGAGCUGACACGACCGCAAGCUCCGCAUUCGCCCUCGCCCUCGCACUAGCGAUGCACCCCCAAGUGCAGAGCAAAGCUCAAGCGGAGAUCGAUGCGGCCGUAGGCUCGCAGCGCUUGCCUGCGUUUUCGGAUUUGGGGGAUUUACCGUAUGUGCAAGCUAUAGUUAAGGAAGUGAGCCGGUGGCAUACCUCGGCGCCUAUGAGUCUCCCGCAUUUAUCUACCAAAGACGACGUCUUCAAUGGGUACUUUAUCCCGGCUAAGACUGUCGUUUUACCGAACACAUGGGCAGUACUUCAUGAUCCCAAUAUCUACCCGGAUCCGUUCGAGUUUAAACCCGAGAGGUUCUUGACGCAGGAUGGGAAGAUUGAUCAGGGUGUUCCGGACCCUGAGAUUGCUGCGUUUGGGUAUGGGCGUAGAAUCUGCCCCGGCCGACAACUGAGCACCGACACAUUCACGCUCCUCACGGCUCGUCUUUUGGCGUGUUUUAAUGUCCAGCCGGCGCUUGAUGAUGAUGGGAACCCAAAACCGCUCAAGUAUGAGGUUACUUCUGCGUUCAUUUCGUGGGUGUCUUUCUUUGGAUUUCUUGUUCUCUGCUCCUAG